AUGGACCACACACUGAGGAUCAUCUCCAUGUCCUUCUCGAUGUCCUUAUGGAUCCAAGUGUGUGAAGAGGAUUUGAACCUUAAGGAUGCCGAGGUGGUCUGUAGGGAGCUGGGCUGUGGGGCUCCUUCAGUCCUCCAGGGGGGGCUCUAUGGAGAGGGGGAGGCUCCAGUCUGGACCAGUGAGCUCCAGUGUGAAGGACGUGAGGCUGCAGUCCUGGACUGUAGACGGUCCAGCUCAGCUGGGAAGACCUGCUCACCUAAAACAGCUGUUGGACUCACCUGUACAGGUGGUGUCAGGUUAGUGGGACAGCUGAGCCGCUGUGCUGGGGCUCUGGAGAUCCAACACCAGGGACAGUGGAGACCAGCAGGAGACCCCUAUGAACUCUGGGACCUGAAGUCUGGAUCUGCUGUGUGUCAACAUCUGAACUGUGGAUCAGCUGUUUCAGUCAAGAGAAGAAAAAAUGCUCCUUCCAGACCUAAGUGGUGGAUCUCAGUUCCUUGUGUAAGGCUGACAUCUGGACUGAGGGACUGUGUUGAACUAGAUGAUCCCUUUAAUCACUCAUCCGCUGUGGACGUGAUGUGUUCAGAUCUGCUGCUUCAGCCCAACAUCUCCCUGUCUGAGGGGGUCUUUGGGGUCUACCAGCAGGGGUUUCGGGUGCUCAUCGGCUCCAACUUCACCAUCACAUGCUCCGUCCAACCACAGUACCCAGGAGGCUCCUUCCAGCUGAUCUCCAACACCGAGGAGCCACUGAACCUCACCCUGCCAGCUGUCAAUCACUCCGCCCACUUCCUGUUGACUGACAUGGGCUACGCCCACCGAGGGGACUACACAUGUGUUUAUCACGUGAACGCUUUCAACCACAGCCUCUCGUCUCAGAGCCCCGCCCUCUAUCUCACUGUCGGAGACUUGGUGACAAAUCUGAUCAUCAGGAUGGUGGUGGUCCCCCUCCUCCUGAUCAUCGGGAACAUUUCCCUCUACUUCUACUGUCGGGCCAGUGGGGGGCACCUCAGACUGAAGGCACGGAACACAGGAUGAGAUACACGUCCACAUCCAUCCUGCAGAAUAUGUGUAUGUGUGUGUGUGUGUGUGUGUGUGCGCUGUUUGUGUCCCAGUCCCAGUUCUUUUCCUGGAGUCCUGGUCCGGUCUGGAUGUUCAGUGUGGUUCUGUUUCAGCGGUUCCUGGUUCUUCUUGGGCUUGGACUCAGACCUGUUCAGUCCUGAAUCAAAGGACAGAAAAGGAGCUGUUCAACACUUUGGUUCCAGCUCACACACAAAUUCAACACUUUUCCUGGACUGUUCCUUUAGCUUUACACCAGAGUUCUAAUAGAGUUUGUAGUUUUUAUUUAGACUUUCACUGUGGUUUUCUGUCUUUAUGUCAUUCUAGGUGUUUGUGAGUUUGUCCUGUUUUUCCGUGUCAGUAUUGUGUACAUACAGUCUGAUGUUUAACGCUGAUCAGGGCCUACAGCUCAGUCUCUACAGUAUUAAAGCUUCUCAACAGGUGGCUCACAGCCCUAAAGUCAAACCAGGUUAAAUGCUUCAGUAUGUGAUGUCAUUUGUAUUUGAUAGAUGUACAGGAUGCUGGCCGUUGCCAUGGAAACGCCAGCCUUUGUCCGACUCUGGACCUGCUGACAUGUCUGAUAAACCUGUCAGGUUUCAUUUUUAUCUGUACUUAUUUGAGGUAUUUGUCAGGACUUCUUGUAUGAUUUUUUUUUUUUUUUUUUAAUCACUGCCUUAGUUUCAUAUUGUUUUACUGCAAUGAAGACUGAACGUCAGAUGAAGACAGCAGUCUGAGUUUUGGAUGUACACAUUUACAACAUGUAUCACUGAUUUAAUUCCCUUUAAUAUUUUUACAUCUAUAAAGGUGCAGGAGACUUUUGUGAGUAAUUUUUCAUCAAAUCUGUCAAACCUCAGUCAUAUCCUCAUGUGACGUCGGCUGGCCGUUUAGCAGGUGGAGGCCCGUGAAAUGAGGAAGGAGAUGAGGCAGAGGCAGGAGAUGGUGUGGUCCACAAUUUUUUUUAAUAUUUUCAAUAUUAUCUAUUUCACACAAAGUGAAAGUGCUGAAACUGCAAAUGCCAAAAAAAGUGCAAGUGCAUGCAGAGGUUGGCGCAGCAGUGUCUUCUCCAGCAGUCAAACCACAACUGAUGAAAAUGGGCGCCUUUUAUACUGUUCAACUUAACUGGCUAAAACCACUACAACUCCAUAGGGAAGUUACAAAUCAACCUAAACUGCUAAAACUAAUCUAAAACCUCCAUAACUAAAACCCACAACCAUAACCUAUCUAAAACCCAAGCUAUACAUCUAAAAACUCUAAUUCUAAACACCAAAGUUAAAUAAAAACCCAUAAACCAAUAAAAAUACACCUCCCGGCUUCCCCACACAUUUCCCUGCCUUGCUCCAGGCCGGAACCUUCUUAAGGGUUGUUGUUUAUGCUGGGACUCUUUUUGCUGACGGACCUGGACACAAGGACAGGGUAGGUACAAACACUAAAACACCAUUCACUAAAAACACUUUAAAAUCCACUCACACAGACACUAAACAAACUAAACUUAAAUACUGCACAUUUACAUUGCACUUUAUCUUUUUGUGUCUAAUUUGUGUCUCCUUUUCUCCAGGUCCAAGCAAUCAUCAAUCAGUUAAAAUACAAGUACCCCUGGAUGUAAAAACUGAAAAGGAAAGACAAUAAAAAUCAAUAAACUACUUUUAAAAAAAAAACAGUUGUGUGCAAUUACUCUGUCUGUGCAAAUA